AUGGGCAACCGCACUCCAGUCCCCAUUCAGAAACUCGAGAUCACAAAGAACCCAGCACCAAACUAUGAGAAGGGGAGCAUGCGAUUCUCAUUUGAAGAUAUCCACCUUGGGCCCAAAGGGCCAGAUGACACUGACUUUGUCAUCAGUCAUCAGGAUAUUGAGAAUCUCGCACACCAAGUCUGGGAUGAACAGAACAAGCAGGGCAAAUCUCUGAAAAGAACUACCAAAAAGACCACUAAAAUGAAGAUAUGA